GUUGGCCUACUAAAUUGAUCACGAUUCAGGGGUCAAGGACAUAACCAAAAGGAUGGCACAGGCUGGAAAAUUUGCAGAUAAAGCUUUACAGCUCUUGCGGACGUAUCCGCGGGUUGCAUUAAACAACCUGAAAGAUAUGCCUGGUGCUUAUAAAAAGAAUUUCAACAAAAGAAGAAAUGCUGGAAAGGGAAAGACACAUGGACGAGGACACAAGGGUAUGGGACAAAGGAUGACAUUACCACCAUUGGGAUAUGAAGGAGGACAAAUUCCAUUUCAUAUAAGAAUACCAUGUGAACCAUAUUACAAAGAUCAUGAAUUUAAGAGACAGUACCCUCCUUUUAGUUUACUCCAAGUACAAAGGUUAAUUGAUAUGGGUUGUGUGGACAUCAACGAGCCAAUAGAUUUACUGUCAUUUUGUAAUACUGCUCAUUAUGACUGUUCAAUAGAAGACAAUCAUUAUGGUGUUAAUUUAACAGAAGAGGGAGCAGAUACAUUUCAAGCACAGAUAAAUAUAGAAGUUCAGUAUGCAAGUGAGCAGGUCAUAGCAGCAGUAGAAAGAAAUGGAGGUGUCAUAACUACUAGAUACUAUGAUCCUGAAUGUGUGAAAGCCAUGUCAAAUGUUCUCAAGUUUCUUAAGACUAGUACCCCAAUACCAAAAUGUAAAUUACCGCCACAAGAUGCAUUUGAAUACUACUCAAAUGCUAAUAAUAGGGGCUACUUAGCCGAUCCAGAGGACAUUGUAAAGGCAAGAAUUGAACUUGCUCAAAAAUAUGGAUAUGAAUUACCUGAAAUUUCUGAUGAGUCUAAAAAAGAGUUAUUAUUACGUAGAAAAGAUCCAAGACAAAUAUUUUAUGGACUUGAACCUGGAUGGGUCAUCAGUAUGAAAGAUCAAUGUGUUCUAAAACCAUUAGCAGAAGAACAUCAAGAAUAUUAUGCAUCUUAAACAUUAGAAUUAUUUAAUAAA